AUGUCAAGGCCAAAAUUGAUCAAGAAAGAGAGGAAUCCGCCUGUUAGUAGUCCAUAUCCAAAACCAGGAUGGUCAUAUUCGAAUCUUAUUGCAUUAGCCUUGAAAAACAGCGACUGGACAGCUGACUGUGUCGGAGAUUUAUGCGUUCAUGCUUUUGGUCCUUUUAGCGAACAUUUCCCCUAUUUUCGAACUGCACCAAAUGGAUGGAAAAAUUCUGUUCGUCACAAUCUCUCUUUGAAUAAGUGUUUUUGCAAAGUUGAUGUAGACGAAGACGCCCCUCUUGUCCAUCAAACUCGAAAAUCAUGUCUUUGGAUGAUAAAUCCGGAGCGCAUACAUAAAGUCGAACAUGAUAUUCGGAAAUGGCGCGAACGAAACCCGGAUUCGGUCACGGAGGGAAUGGCUCGACCAGAGGAUCUACAAGCAAUAGAGGAGGGUACUAAAGGUCUACCUAUGACAAGGAACUCAAAACAAGUGUUGAAAUCUGUUCCCGUUCAUAGGAGCUUUCGAAGAGAAGUGUCGUAUUUGAAUCACGCUAAUGACCAGUACAUUGAUGAGGAUGCAAUUGCUGCUGAGGACUUGUUUCACAUUGUUAAGCAAGAGCUACGGUCUCAAGCAAAGGAAAGUGCUGACGAAAUCGUCGUUAAUCAGAACCUGUACAUUCCCGAUGUGAAACAUGAAACAACUGACGAUCGCCUUCAUUCUUACUCGAAAUCCACAGCUGUCGAAGAGUUUAUGCAAACGACAUUCCCGUCAACUGAGUCCAUGCUCGAAACCAGUAGUGGUAGUGCUAUAAAACGCCCUCGGUCUGACAGUUUCUAUAGUCCUUCAAAAGAGAUACCUGUAAUGGAUUUGUUGCCAAGUGCAUUCGUUGACGCUUUUCUGUCGUUAACUCCUCCAAAGGCGAAGCAAGUUGAAAGGGAUCGAUCUGUUUCUCCAAUCAGGUAG